GCUGGUUUGCUCUGGCGGCCUCGCAAAGCAAUGUACCAGCCUGAAGUCCUAUGCGGAGCUCGUGAGCGAAGGGCAGCCAUCUGCUCCGAGUGUGGCGCGGGACGUGUCCCGAACCGCCCACUCAGAUGCCAUGGCACUUCAGCGCGUGCUCAUGGCCUUCGCAGCCCGCAACCCAUCCGUGGGCUACUGCCAGGGCAUGCACUCCGUGGCUUCAGUGCUGCUUUU